CAGCAGCAGCAACAACAACUUCCAGCUACAAAUGCUACCACCACUGCCAACUACAACAACAAUAAAAAUGACGAUUAUGAUGAUGAUAACAAUAAUAAUAAUAUUAAUAAUAAUAAUAUUAAUAAUAAUAAUAAAAACUACUCUAAACGAAUUUUGAACGAAUUAAAACGGUUGUCAUCAUCCUGCGAUCUUCCACCAAACAUUAACCUCGCCAUGCUAUCCGCCAACAGUACCGACCAAGCUAAGCCAGUGAAGAACAAAUGCAGAUCGACCAGUGUUGACGUUAAGGCAGUUGAAGUCAACAAUUUACUCAAAUCUCUCAACAACAACAACAACAACAACAACAUUAAUAGCAAAAUUAAACAAACGUCUAGCAGCAGGUCGUUGCAGUUGCGACACGCCAGCAACAACAAAAUGGUCCUCACAGAUGGCGUUGACGACCUCGCUGAUGGUGACGACACUUCCUCGCCUACUGUUCUAUGCGCCAGGCCGCCUUUUUCAUUGGAAAGCACUUCUAAAAAGAAGCAGAAACAGCAGCAACAGCAGCAGCUGCAACAACAACAUCGCAAACACCAUCAACAACAAUAUCAACCACAACAACAUCAACCACAGCACCAGCAACAAUACGACAGACAGUCAGAGCCGCCUACGUCCAAAAGAAAGAAAGCGAAUUCGGUUUCGGCUGACGAUUCGCGCAACAAAAGCGGCCACAACAGCGGCAGCAGUGGCGAUGAUGAUUAUGAUCGCCAGUUAGAUGAGCCGGUGCUAACAUGUGAGGACGACGAUAGCUUUGUGAAAGACGCCAGAUGCAUUGAACUAUUUGACAUCAAGGGCGUCAAACAUGGUGGCGAUCAUACCACGAAUGAAGUUAACAGCAAAGAUAACAUCUACAACAACAACAACAACAACAUUAACAACAUCAACACCAACAACAGCAACAACAGCAACUACAACUACAACAGCAACACAAGCAACAGCAACAACAACAACAGUAUUACUAACAACAACAACGUUAUGAACAACGACGAUGACGCCAACGACUCCAACACAGAUGACAACAAUCUGAUGAAUUGGUGUCUCAGUUCUGAUGUCAUUGGUAAAGACCUCCUUAGCGAGUUUGACAACAUAUUCAAGAGAGGCGAUCAAAAUUUGGAAGGCGUCAACAAAAAAACAACGGCUACUACUACUGCUGCUACUACUGCUGCUACUACUACUGCUGCUACUACUGUUACUACUACUACUACUGCUACUACUACUACUACUGCUGUUGCUGCUGCUGCUACUGCUACUACUACAACGCCAAAAUGUGCUUGUGAAGAGUAUGAUGAUGAAUUUUCUGUUCUUCAAACUGCUCUUGAUAUACUAGGUCAAUCUUGCGAUAGAAACUUCACCUACAACAACAAAAGAACAACAGCAGCUGCAGCAACUACAACAACAACUACUACUACUACGAAAGACAUCAACAGUCUCAUUACAACAACGUUUCCCACGUCAUCUUCUCGCGUUGACGACACAAUUACAGUUGCAUCAACUUCCCCGGAUUUGAGAUCUCUUAUUUCAAAAAAUGUCACAUCAACAACAACAACAGCAACAACUACAGCAACAACAACAGCAACAACUACAGCAACAACAACAUCAGCUACAACGGCAUCGUCAGUAACAACAACAUUCAAUGACAUCAACAAAUACUUUGACAACAUCAUGUUUGAUAAUGACGCUGUUAUUAAUAAUACUGCUACUGAUGGCCUAAAACAACAACAACAACUACAAACAAUGCAUGAAUCAAUUUCAAAGACAAGCCAAACAACAUCGUCAGUAGCAUCAACAACGACAGCACCACCACCAACAACAACAUCAACAAAUGACUCACUCAGUUCAGCGGCUCUAGACUUAUUCUCCUUCGAACGUAUGUACUCGAUAGACAACCGCGGCAGUCUCCCGACAAGACGGCAACAGCAGCUAAACGUCAGCAACGAAGACGGCUACGUCUACGCACACUACAGCAACCACAACGACGACGACCAUGAUGGCGGUGGUGAGGAUAUUUUAUAUUUUUUUGGUGACUACGAUGGUGAUAAUCAUUUUGCUUGUUUUAGUCGUGCUGAUAUGGAAAAUGAUUAUGGCGAUUCUAAAUUAUCAAUACCACUCGCAGCAGCUGCAGUAGCGACAGAAACGACAACAUCGUCGUCGUCGUCGUCUUUGAAAACAUCUGAACAUAUGCAACAGCAUCAGCAACAGCGUCAGCCUAGUUUUAAUGACAAUAAUUACACUACUCAUUUUCCCGCUCAGUUGGAUACGACGCUACUAAUGGCGACAACAACAACAACAUCGUCGUCGUUGUCGCCAUCACCUUCACCAUCAUACUAUCAUCGUCAUCAACAAAGACAUUAUAAUCUGACUGAUACCUUCAAUAUUUCAUCGCCACCUAACGACAACAACAACACCAUCAACAAUGACGUCAACAACAUUUUUGAUGACAACAACAGCACCCCACCUCCAAUCAAUCGGCUGAGUCACCCCAACUUCACCUCUUCUUCAGCCAAUCAGCGAUCAGUAUUUCCCACUUCAGCCAAUCAGCAAUCGUUAUUUUCUCCUCCAUCCAAUCAGCAUUCAGUAUCUUCCUCCUCGGCUAAUCAGCAGUCCGUAUUCUCCAACGACCCUGACCUUAUUAAAAGAUUAGUUUCCUUGACAUCUUCCUUCUCGGAUCGCCCUAAUUUCAAGGGCUCUGAUAGAACCUUCAUGUUACCCGUCGGCAGGGCGGCAAAUAAUAAUAAUAAUAAUAAUAGCGACAUAAAUAAUAAUAACAAUGAUAUUGAUAAUGAUAUAGAGAGGCUUACUUCGAAAGUCUACGGUGAUAACGACGACGAAAACAACAACAAUAAAAACAACAACAACGGCAACAACAACAAUAAUAAUAACAAUAAUAAUAAUAAUAAUAACACAAAACAUAUCAUUGGCUAUUCUUUCAGCACGCCCGAUCAUAAAAUCAACAAUAAUAACAAAAACAACAACAACAACAAAAAUAAUAAUAAUAAUAAUGAAAACCAUCAAUUCAAUUAUAAAAACCAGUCUUCUAGUCAGCCAAUGAGAAGCGAGGAUAAGUUUUCAAGGUCGACGGCUAGCCAAUUACAUUCCUUGACAGAUCCCAUCAGAAGAAAAGACCAGAGAUUAUCGCUGCAUCAUAACUACUAUUUCUACAACCACAACGACAACGACGACGAUGAGGUCAUAAAUGAUGGUGAUGAUGAUAGUAGGAAAAAUGAUCAACUAGAUUGUUUGUUCCGUCAUUUUCAACGCCAACAACAACAACAAUCACCUUCUGGUAACAACAACAACAAUAUUAAUAAUAGAAAUAAUAAAAAUUCCUCAUUCAGACAUCAUCAUCAUCGUUACUCCACGAGGCACAUUCCUUCGCCCAAUCAUAACAAUUUCUCCUUUACAUCCAUUACGCCACCAGUAUCAUUAUCAUCACCAUCAACGGCAGCUGCAGCAGCUGCAGCAGCUGCAGCAGCAGCAACCACAGCAACGACAUCACCGUGGUUUGAUAAUUUCGGCUCUUCUAGUGUUAGGUUAACCAGUAAGGAGAUGAAAUCAUGGCACGAUCAAUACAACUCUACUCUGCAACAACAACAUCAACAACUACAUCAUCAACAACAACAUCAACAACAACAACAAAGAAUUUCUCAACCAUCUAGAUCACCACCUGUUCUUAUAUUAAAUAGGCCUUCAACCGCCCUCGCUGCAACAAAACACCAACAACAACAAUUAGCGAUUGCUAAGUUACAUCAAGAACAUCAACAACAACACCAACAAACAUCAACAACAACAAUGACGUCAUCCGAUGUUACGAAAUCAACGACAAAUAUACCGACGACUUCGCGUUCGCAGCACGUCAAGAAUUACGUCAGAAGUUUAUCUUGUAACGAAAACAACGACGAUGACGUCAUCAUCGACAACAUCCACAGCAGCAAUGACAACAAGAUCAACAAAAUUGCAAAAAAUUGUCAACAUUUCAUCAAAAGUUUAACUAACCAGGGCCUGAGUUCGUAUUUGCCUACAACUUCGAUAGUGACUGGCCAACAAAGACAACUGCAACAUCAACAACAACAUCAACAACAACAUCAACUAAAUUUUCAAGCCAUUCCACAAAAGUGCAAACCUACAGCAACCGACCAAUCAAAAUUGACAACGCUUGCAACUGACCAAUCAAAACUGACCAGGCCCACAACAUCCGACCAAUCAAAAUCGGCUACGCCCGUUGUACCAAAGACAUCGAAUGCUCUUUUCGGCUUUGUGUCCGAGAAGAAACAAUUGUUCGAAAAAUAA